AUGGGGACGGGCCUUUCCACAGGGGCCGGACGGACCAAUGAGGACGGGGCUCGCCUCAGCGGCCUCCGGAGCCCCGCCCCUGCUCCCCCCACCUCGGACCAAUGGAGACGGGGCUCGCCUCGGGGGCCGGACGGACCAAUGGGGACGGGGCUCUCCUCAGCGGUCGUCGGAGCCCCGCCCCCUGGAGGGGAUUCGGACGCACCAAUGAGGACGGGGCUCGCGUCAGGGGCAGCCGGAGCCCCACCCCCUCAGGCGCCCGCGGACCAAUGGGGACGGGUCUUUCCUCAGGGGCCGGACAGACCAUCAUCAUCAUCAUCAAUCGUAUUUAUUGGACCAAUAGCAACAGGCCUCUGCUCCGCGGCCGCCGGAGCCCCGCCCCCUUGGGCACGGACGGACGAAUUGGGACGGGGCUCUACUAAGCCGUCGCCGGAUCCCCGCCCCCUGGGGUCCGGACGGACCAAUGAAGACGGAGCUCGCCUCAGCGGCCGCCGGAACCCCACCCCUUCAGGCGCCUACGGACCAAUGGAGACGGUCCUUUCCCCAGGGGACGAACGGACCAAUGACAACAGACCUCUCAUCAGCGGCCGCCGGGAACCGCCCCCUCGGGGCCAGACGGACCAAUGGGGACGGGGCUCUCCUCAGCGGCCGCCGGAGCCCCGCCCCUAG